GGGUCCAAUGAGGUAGUGAAAAUAUUAAACAGAAACGGAUACAAGAGCUGUGUUGUGAAUUGAAGGGCACCGACCCGCUAUCAUCCUGACUCGUUUUCCUCGUGUUUACUUAGCCAAGCAGCACGGUUGAGCCUUUAAGACCAAACCAAAAAAAUAAAUAAAUAAAUAAAUAAAUAAAAAGUAAAAAAGGAAAAAAUAAAAUAAAAUUAUGAAGCUGAUUUGUAAUAGUAUUCGUUUCUUUGAAGACGCACGCGCACUUUACUUGAAUUCAGCUGGUCUCUACUCUCCUGGCAUCUAAUCGUUCUGUCUCUCAAAGACGAUCAAUCUAUAAGAGCUUAAAUUUGCGGUUUAGAAAGUAGAAAGAAAAAAGUCAAAUCAGACGGUGGAAGAAUGGAGAACGCUGACGUGUUUCUCGGAUUACACGACUUCCUAGAGCGUAUGCGUCAACCGUCCGCCUCUGAUUUCGUUAAAUCCAUCAAGAGCUUCAUUGUUUCUUUUUCGAACAAUGCUCCUGAUCCAGAAAGGGACAGUGCUUUGGUACAGGAGUUUCUUGCCAACAUGGAAGCAGCUUUUAGGGCUCAUCCACUUUGGGCUGGUUGCUCUGAUGACGAAUUGGAGAGUGCUGGUGAAGGACUCGAGAAGUAUGUAAUGACAAAGUUAUUUACCCGUGUAUUUGCUUCACUUCCAGAUGAUGUUAAAGCUGACGAGCAGCUUUCUGAGAAGAUGUCUUUGAUUCAACAGUUCAUUCGGCCAGAAAAUUUAGACAUUAAGCCACCUUUUCAAAAUGAAACAUCAUGGCUGCUUGCUCAGAAAGAACUGCAAAAGAUCAAUAUGUACAAAGCACCAAGAGACAAACUUGUAUGCAUUCUCAACUGUUGCAAGGUCAUUAAUAACUUACUUCUUAAUGCUUCAAUUGCUUCAAAUGAGAAUCCCCCUGGAGCUGAUGAAUUUCUUCCUGUCGUUAUAUAUGUUACUUUAAAGGCAAACCCUCCUCAACUGAACUCAAACUUAUUGUAUAUACAACGGUACAGGUCUCAGUCCCGGUUAGUUGGUGAAGCAGCCUACUUUUUCACAAAUAUGCUUUCAGCAGUCUCUUUCAUUUCCAACAUUGAUGCAAAUUCCCUUUCAAUGGAGGAAGCUGAAUUUGAAAAGAACAUGGAAUCUGCUCGAGCUCUUCUGUCUGGCCUUUCAACUGAUUGGGAUAGUCUGUCUAAUCAAAGUGAUCAAAGUGCACGAAAUAAUUUUAAGCCAGAAGUUAUGGAAUCCCAACCUCGAGCCGUGGAUUCUAAGAAGGCAAGGGAGUCAUUGAUUGGUUCUAAAUCUUCUGAAGCAAGAUCUGGUAGUAAGAACUUACAAUACGCGAAAGAUGAGUCAUUCAUGACAAAGGUUUCAUCUCUGUCGGACAUAGAGAACAGAGGAGCUGUGAUGCUUUUGAAGGAGGACCUGGCAAGUUCAGUCUUUCGAGAAUACCCAUAUUUGUUUGCUCAUGCUGGUGAUCUGACAAUCCAUGAUGUAGAAGAUCUAUUAUAUAAUUACAAACAGCUGGUUUUCAAGUAUGUUUGUCUUUCCAAAGGGCUGGGUGGCACUACUCCAUCUCUACGUCUGUCCAAUUCUCAAACUCAUUUCCAGCAUGCUACUGAAACCAUCAAGGAACAUCUAGAAACUAGAUCAGUAGAGGCAAAUGACGAAUCACAAAAACAAACUGCUAAGACCAAUAGUUCCGGUACAUUUUCUCUUGUCAGUGAAGAAAACUUUGAGUCAAAGUCCCCGCAGGAGGAGGCAAUAGCACUGCAAGAGGAGGGAAAGGAGGAGACUUCUCAAUGACAUCUUACUGAGGCUGGGUCAUGUCUUCCACAGAAAGUAAUGCGACUUUUAGCAUAUCUGCCAUCAGAGCUACUUGUUUCUGCUUCUGCUGAGGAUAAUUCUAGUUCGUCUUUUGGUUUCAAAGAGAAUCUCACUAUCACUAAAAGGACAGCGAGAGAAAUGAAGGAACAAUUGCAAAUCUACUGUUUCAGUUCGCAGAACAUCAAACAGUAUUUCCGUGGAGGUGAUUAACAGCAGCCUUAUUCAGGAAAACCUGAUCCCAGAAGACAUCUGAUUUAUUCUCUUCCACAUGUAUGUAUCAUAAUUGGUUAUAUGGUAGCAGAAUGCACAUGAACAAGGAUGAUAAUAUUCUUGACGGCAGUGCCUGUUUGUUUUAACUUAUCAUGAGGUACAUCUUGAUUCUUUCAGUUCUUCUCUAAUACUUACCUUUCUCUAUUUCUCCUUAUUGUGACAUAUAGAUAAAGAUGCUGUAAAAUGGCGCCCCUAAUUAUUGCCACACUGCUACCUAUUCCCUUUUAUUCGAGGCUGUCAGUAAUUAUUAGGUUCACAACUGCUGUAUUGUUUUUCUCCAUUCGAUGAAUUUAGCUGGUUGCUCAUGAAAAUGGCCAAAGAGCUGUUACACUAAACUAGGACAAUUACCACACAGUUGCCCUACAUUUAAAAGCUUUUACCAUGAAAACUGACCAAUCAAGCAUAAAGUGGAAGGUCCAUAUAUGGGACCUUGAUAGAAAUGUAACCCCCUUUCCUCAUAGAUUUUUAUGUCACUAAUCUGUACAUUUUUCUUAAGUAUCACAGUUCAGGAAAUGCGACCUCAUCAUCUAUUAACAUAUCAUGAAUUGCAGCCUCAGCUGUGGGAUCCACUAUGCGAGAAUGGGGAACUCGGACUAGAAAUUGAAAGUAUACUACCAUACAUGUAAAAAGACAAUUGUAUGUAUAUUUAUCUCUCUUUAUUGAAAGUGAACGUCAUUCGGACGUUGUA